AUGUCAAGCCCAACUCCUCCAGGUGGUCAACGUACUUUGCAAAAGAGAAAACAGGGAAGUUCACAAAAAGUUGCGGCAUCCGCUCCAAAGAAAAACACGAACAGCAAUAAUUCGAUUUUGAAGAUUUAUUCUGAUGAGGCUACGGGACUAAGAGUAGAUCCCUUAGUUGUGUUGUUUCUAGCGGUCGGUUUCAUCUUUUCUGUUGUUGCAUUACAUGUUAUUUCUAAAGUUGCCGGUAAGUUAUUUUAA